AUGACAGUCGGACAGCCGGAGUUGACCGUCCAGUUGGCCAAGGUUACGGGAAGCAUGCAGCUGCGUGACCGAAUACCACUGGCACUAGACGUGGCCGGCUUUGCCAUUUUCCAGUUCACUAAUCUACCACUACCGGUGGAAAAUCACAGCGCUCCGCUGAGCCCCUAUCAUGACUGGAGCUUCCAUACAACUCCCCAGAAUCCAGACUGCAAUAAAUAAGUAUCUGUUUAUCGCCUGUACGUUGAUGAGUGCGAUCGUCUGUGGGUUAUAGAUGCUGGAGUUAUCGAUACGCUGACUAAUCUGCAGCAAACAUGCCCUUCGAAAGUGCUUGCCUUCGACUUGCUUACUGACAAGCUACUGUUUACACACGUGCUACCACCAGAACAAGUUAAGCAGGAUUCGCUGCAUACGAACUUGGCGGUGGAUACUUGAGACGGCAAGGGUGAUGAUGCCUUUAUCUAUGUGGCCGAUGUCUGGCGUUACGGAAUCACAGUUAUCAGUCUACGUGAGGGUAAAAGUUGGAGAACUACCAACUAUUUAUACAACCCCAGCCCAUUCACCAGUGAUUACAACUAUCUGGAUUUGAACUUCCAAUGUGUGUUUGGUUUGUCCCUUUCGCCGGAAUUCCAAGUUCCAGCGUCGGUGCUACAAAAUGAAACAAUCUGGUAAAACUUUGGCCUUGUAAAGGCCUUCCAACCACUCGGUAGUCGUGGCAAGGGAGGUCAAUCUUCGACCUCUGGAGUAGCUCAGAAUAAGGUCCAGUUCUCCACCUUAGUCCACGGUGUCGGCUGCUGGGACCUAGCGAAACCUUACAACCGUAACAACCUGGGAAUCGUCGAGAAAAACCUAGACAAACUGACCUUCUCGAACGAUCUGAAGCUGGACAGGGAACCGAAGCAAUGCAUUUGGGUGAUCAGCAACAAGCUACCAGUUUUCCUAUACUCAAGGUUGAACUACAGCGAGACGAGUUUCCGCGUGUUGCAGGCCGAUGUUCAGAGUGCCGUUUUGGAUACGGUUUGCGAUCCGAGAGUCGUGCCGAAUUUGGCUUACAAGCCGGAGCCAGACUGUGACCAGUGGUUUUCGUGUUUUGAAUGUAAUGUUAUUUUAAAUUGUUGA